AUGAUUUUUAAUUCAUAUGAGGAAGCUUAUGACUAUUAUACAGAAUAUGGAGUACAUGAAAGGUUUGGUGUGAGGAUUCGAUCAACAAAUAAAACUCGUGCCGGGUACGAUCAGGUAACAUCAGCUCACUUCGUUUGUUCAAGAGAAGGUAAAAGGAAAAAGGAUAUUGUAGACAGGAUAGACCCAAAAUCCAUUAGUUGUAGUACUGUCCAAUGUGAGUGUAAGGCAGAGAUGCGAGUUCUAUAUAGUACAAACCUGGGGAAGUGGAGAGUCACAAAAUUUUUGGAUGUGCAUAACCAUAAAUUUGUCUCUCCUUUGAAAAGGAUACAAUUGCGGCUUAAUCGAGACAUGCCGGAUGCAGCAAAGAAUUUAACAGAGGUUUUCAAUAGGGAAAAUAUUCGAAUAGCAAAAGUUCCUUCAGUCUUUGGUGGGUCAAUUAUAGGUUUCGACAAAAGAAACUGUUAUAAUCAUUUACGCACGAUCAGGCGUUAUGAGUUGGAAGUCGGAGAUACUCAAUCAGUUCUCAAUUUUUUUCAGCGUAAGCAAAGAGAAAAUCCUCAAUUUUUCUACUCGGUUCAAGUUGAUGAAGAAGGAAGAGCAGUUAAUUUCUUUUGGGUAGAUGCUAGAUCGUGUAUGGCUUAUGAGCAUUUCGGUGACGUGGUGACAUUUGACACCACGUAUAGGACAAAAAAGUAUCAAAUGCCACUUGCACCAUUUACUUGA